UGAGAGACAGCGGGCGGCGCGCGCGUCCGCCGGUCACGUGGUGCAAAGCACGCGCCAAAACAAGAAUUAUUAAAAUACGUUUUUAUAAGCGAUAAAUUAUACAAUACCAUUAGUCAAGAUAUACAAUACUUUGUUAGACGUGGAAAUAGUAAACAGCAGGGUGCACACCAUGCAGCGUACUCCGAGCACGUCGGAGCGCACGCCACUAGUGCAGCCCGCAUACGUGUUCGAGUCCAGCAUUUCUCGUAGCUACCAGAAGCGUUUGCGCAACUUUCAAUGCUUCGUCUGCAUUGUUCUCAUUGUGCUGCUGUCAGUGACCCUACUCGUCACUGUAGGUUAUAACCUGGGGCUGGAGACCAGCGCCCUGGGCGAAAACCAGGAUGUCGACAACACGACGCUACCGACCACACUGUUGCCUCUACUCACCAUGACAUGGCCACUUUCAGGCAAGCCAUCAGCAGCAUGGAUGAACGAUCACCCGAGUACGGAGGCCGUGGCAUCCGCCGUCACCGCCGGCCAUCAGGCGCUUGCAGAACGGAGGAAGCUGGAAUCUUCUCUGGUCCCGCUGUCAAUGGACACGCCAGCGGCGCGAGCGCAACGUGCAGCUGCCACUGCUGCCGCCGUCAAACCCUUAGCAGAGGCAGCCUUUGCUGCAGAACACGCUACCAGGGUCCUCACCAAUGGUACGGACUCCUCAUUGCGUGAGGGCGGUGUUGGCGUGGGACCCGCCACCAACGGGUCCUUCUCGGAGCCCGCGUACUGUCGCCCUCCAACUGCCCCUUGUGUCAUGUCCAAAUAUCGCACGCUAGAUGGCACAUGCAAUAAUCUCAACAAUCCCAUAACAUGGGGCGUUUCCAAUACACCGUUCAGAAGAGUACUGCCGCCUGAUUACGGAGAUGGCAUCAGUUCCCCGCGCAAGGGCGUGGGCGGCGUGGACCUGCCGAGUGCCCGUGACGUGAGCGUGACGGUGCACCGGCCGAGCUACGCACACGACACCACCUUCACGGUGAUGCUGGCCGUGUGGGGACAGUUCCUAGACCACGACAUCACCGCCACCGCGCUCAGCAAGGGCGAGAACAGCAGCGCACUGUCUUGCUGCGCGCCAGACGCGGAGCUGACCCAUCCGGAGUGCUUCCCAGUGCGGCUGGAUGAAGAGGAUCCAUUCUACCAGGACUACAACCUCACGUGCAUGGAGUUCGUCAGGUCUGCACCCGCGCCUACCUGCCAUUUCGGUGUAAGAGAGCAGCUGAACCAAGCGACAGCCUUCAUCGACGCGUCCACAGUGUACAGCUUCACGGAGUGGAAGGCGACGCAGCUGAGGCUGGGCGCCGCUGGCCAGCUCAAGAUGCUGAAGAUCGGACCCUGGGAGCUGCUGCCGCCCUCCACGGACCCCAACGACGGCUGUAAUACUGUCGAGAUGACUGCCCAGGGACGGUAUUGCUUUGAAUCAGGCGACGACAGAGCGAACGAGAACCUGCACCUGACGACGAUGCACCUGCUGUGGGCGCGCCAGCACAACCGCGUGUCGGGCGCGCUCGCCGCGCUCAACCCCGCCUGGGACGACGACACGCUGUACCAGGAGGCGCGGCGCGUCCUCGGCGCGCAGAUGCAGCACAUCACCUACGCAGAGUUCCUCCCGGCUAUACUAGGUAUGGACGUGAUGUGGGCGCUGAACCUGACGCUGCAGACGGAGGGAUACUCCAGCGUGUACGACCCUACAGUGGACCCCUCCAUCGCCAACCACUUCUCCGCCGCCGCCUUCAGAUUCGCCCACACAUUGCUGCCGGGUCUGAUCCGCAACGUGGAGGCGGCGAACGGCACUGUGAACUACGUACACCUGCACGAGAUGUUGUUCAACCCGUACGCGCUGUACCUCGCGCGCGGCGCCACCGCCGCCGUCUCCUCCGCGCUGCACACGCCCGUGCACAGCGUCGACCCGCACGUCACCACUGAGCUCAGUAACCACUUAUUCGAGCGUCCAGUGGUGAUGAACGUAUCCUCUGUGCCGGUGAAGAAGCCCGGCCCCUGCGGCCUCGACCUCAUCUCGCUGAACAUCCAGCGAGGGCGGGACCACGGCCUGCCCUCCUACCCCGCCUGGCGAGACCACUGCGGCCUCUCCAGGCCGAAAACCUUCGAAGACCUCGAUGAGAUAUUCGACGCAUCCUCACUCAGUAGGAUUUGCAAGAUUUAUAACAACGUGGACGACAUCGACCUGUACACCGGAGCGCUGGCGGAGCAGCCGCACGGCAGGCUGCUGGGACCCACACUCACUUGCUUGCUGGCAGACCAGUUCUUAAGACUCAAGAUCGGCGACCGCUUCUGGUACGAGACCGACGACCCGCAAGUCUCCUUCACUACGGAACAACUUCAGGAAAUUAGAAAAACAACACUCGGUAGUGUGAUCUGCGCGAACGAGGAGUUGCUGGAGCAGGCGCAGCCGCGGGUGAUGGAGGCCCCGAGCGCCACCAACCCGCUGGUGGACUGCAAGGAGCUCCCGCAGCCAGACUUCACGCCCUGGAAGGUCCCCGGACCUGCUGUACCCGCGCCUAAAAAACCAGCAAAAAAAGACAAAAAAAUAAAACCAAAAAAAUUGUUGUAGUAAGAUAAUUUUAUAAAAAAAAACUGUAAACAGUUACGUAAUUUAUAAAAAAACCUUUGUAUAGUCUUCAUUUUCAUUCCCUUAUAUGUCUUUUUCCACUUGAAUUUGAUUUUUUAGUGGCCGAGUGGAAAUAAGCACUAAAUCAUGCGGGUACAAAUGCUAGUUUUGAAUGUUUGAUAAACGAUGCACGUUUUCCUAAACUUAUGUAAUUGUAAUUAAAUAGAUAAUUAAUUCUAUGUCUACUCUAGCAUCAUAAAAUAAAUUACUUAUAAACUACUCUUUUUCUGCCUUUUUUCAUACUAUAUGCAUCCUUGAUAAAACCAUUGUAAAUAUAUCAAUACACAGUUAUUUUGAAAAUCUCAGCUUCACUAUAUUUAAUUACCGUUUUGUCCAUUUUUCAUCUAAUAUAGCACGAUAGAUAUAGUAAUAAAUAAUUAUUAAUUUUGUAUCAUUGUAUUUUAUUGAUGUGAAUGCAAUCUGUGCCAAAACAAUAACGUUAUGAAUAAGCGGCUAUUUUAGCACCAGCUAAUUUUAACUAUAAAAUAACGUAACUAGUUACUCUUACGUUGAUCAAAACAGCUAUUUUAUUAAGCUUUCUGACAGUGAUUUUAAGCGUUUUUAACGUUUAACUUAUUUAUAGAAGUAAUUGUAAUUAAAUUAAGAGCCAAUUUGUUUAUGCUGUGAUUUGCUUUGUUACCUUUUUGCAACUAGUUUAAGUAGAGUUUAUUGGCUUUUUUAUAUAGUUGACACUUUCGUUUACAAUGGCGCUUCACUGGUAGUUUUGGCUUCUGUUUCAUUUGGCUUAUUUUAUU